GCCCAGAACACGGGGAAACCCGUCCAACCAAAAGAAAACCCGGGCCGCCCAUAAGCCCCCUCGGCCCCGUUGUUCUUCCUCCCACGAGUUCGCCGUGAAACCCCAAUCCCCCAAAAUCCAUGGCUCCCCCGGCCGCCGACGCGGCGACGACGACGGAGCAGGAGCAGCACGCGGCGGAAGGGGAAGGCGUCGUCGAGGUCGGCGGCGACCUACGGCUGGUGGCGGAGUGCGGCACGGAGGUGCGGCUGUCGCGCUCCGCGGCGCGGAUGUCGACGAUGCUCCUCGGCAUGAUUGAGGCCGGCUGCGCGGAUGGCGGCAUCCCCAUCAACGGCGCCGACGUCGGCACGCUCCGCCUGGUGGCGGCCUACUGCGAGAAGCACGCGCCGCACUACGACCCCGUGGCCUCCGCGGCGAGGCUCCGCGACCCGUUCCCGCCCUUCCCCAUCGAGUUCACGCCGCCCACGUACGCCAUCAAGCCCGUCACCCACCCCGACCCCGACCCGCACGGCCUCGAGGCUUGGGACCACAAGUUCAUCAGCGACUUCCGCGACAACUCCGCCCUCUUCAACCUCAUCAUCGUUGCCAACUUAAUGGCCAUCGAGGACCUGAUCGACCUGGGCUGCACGGCCGUAGCGGACAAGAUUAGGGGCAAGACGCCUGAUGAGAUCCGCGUUGCCUUGGACAUCGAGAACGACUACACGCCGGAGCAGGAGGCCGAGGUCAGGAGGGAGAACGCCUGGGCAUUCGAGGAUUGAGCCUUGCUUACCAGAAGAAAUAGGCACAUUCAGUUUGAUGUCAAGUAGGCAGAUCAGUAGAUAGGUCAGUUUGUGGGAAGUCAAUGCAAAGCAAACUGGGUGAGUUGAGCUUCUAACUCUGAAAGCUUUGGUACGAAUUGUGGAUAGAUGGAUGUCUGUUCAACUGGUUUUCAUCAGCACUUUGUUCAGUUUAAGGCAUCGCUAGUCUGUACUCCAAGCCUGGGAGAACUUACAUCAUCUUAGUUGCAAAUCUUGUUCAGUUGUAUUAAAUUCGUUAGUUGUUUAGCAAUUA